AUGUCUAAUACGGCUCCUGGCCAGUCGCGGCCAGACGACGCCAGAUGCUACAACUGUGGUGACGCUGGCCAUUGGACUGUUGCAUGUCCAGAACCCACCAGGGAGACUCCUGCUGGUCUCGCAGCUUGGAGAAACGCCAACGCUCCUGGACACGGAGGCAAUAGAGACCAUGGUGGUUCCAAAAAGUCCAAAGGUCCCAUCAUUACCAAAUACGCACCUGCGCCUGUGCCAGCAUCAACACCAAGCGUGGCUCGAUACGGUCCUCCUCCAGGAUAUGGGCCUCCUCCACCUACACACUACCCCGGAGGACCUCCCUCCUAUCCUUCGCAAUACCCUCCUUAUGGGUCCUCAGCAUCCAACUACGCACCGCCACCUGGCUACUCACCUCCAGGCUACUCUAUCCCGUAUCCUCCACCUUCUUAUGGUGGUCCUCCUCCACCAGGUCUUCCGGCACCACCUCCCAGGCCUCCUGGCACAUAUGCUUCUCCUCCUCCGCCUCCCACUCAACCUCCAGCGCAUCCACCUCCAUAUCCACCACGCGCAUAUGGUCCUCCGCCUCGCCAAGACCACGUACCAUACCCUCCACAGCCUCACUAUCCUCACUAUCCACCGCCAGCUUCAGCACCAUAUGCUCAGCAUCCACCGCCGCCAUCAUACCCGCCCCCUUAUCCCUCUCACAGCGCGCCUCCGUCAUAUGGGCACCCUCCACCUUCGCGGCCCCCUCUCCCGUCACCAGCACCGCCUUCUGCAUCACGUCCACAUCGACCAGCUUCGUCCUCAGUACCACGCCAGAAUCCUGCAUCGACAUUACCCUUGCCAGCUUCUUUGCCCCCUAAACCCUCUCUACCCCCUAAACCACCACAGCCCAAUCAGCCCAAUCAGCAUGGUCAACCUGGUAGGGGACGACGGGACUUUCCUGACCAUUCUCGAGACCACCGUAACAAGCGGAGGAACGACCGACACUCUCGUAACCACGAUAAUCGACAAAAGAAGAACCAUCCUCAUUCUCGGCCGGAUCAGAGGCUACAAGACAACAACAACAUACGCCCUGAUCCCAAGACGCCCAGCCAUCCUAAACCUGCGCCGUCUCCUAAACAGGGGGAUCAAAAAGGCUCAACAACUGCCGUUAAAUCAAAGCCAAGCCCACCUGCUGCUUCUCCUGAAACUAAAAAGGUUCAAGUUGAAACUCCUAAACCUGAUUCAUCACAGAGACCGGAUACAGCACCCGAAAAUGCUGCCGACGAUGAAUUCGAAUGGGAAAAGAAAGCCAUAUUCGCAGAGCCAGAGCCACGUCAUCCACCAGAUGAGGUUGGUAAGCCAUUGCCAUCAGAAUAUAAUGAUGAGGUGCUUCUUCCUAGAAAAUGGGAUGCAAAAUGCAUUGAGUCGGACUGUGUUCAAGCUGACAAUAUUGAGGAAUACGUGAAGCCGAUACACGAAACUCCGUAUUGGUCAAAGAUCCAACACGACCCCGCGUUCGUACGAGACGGCAAGCUUCCUAGCGGACAUCCCAUUGCCAGUCUGCCGCCAAGGCCACCACCAAAACUUGAGGAGAUCGUUCGGAGCGAAAGCUCCGAAAGUGGCGAGGUCAAUGAGCGACUCGCAAAACGAGGUCACCCAGAUGACGAUACCCAUGAUCCCGAAGCUCCUUCGACACCGGCUGCAGAGGAUCACGGGGCCGGCAUUCGCGCUCGCGUGAUUCGUACGUUCCGCAAGGACGCAGGUCACGUCCAGGUAGUCCCGAACGUCGACCUACAGAAUUCCGUAACGUCGACGACCAGCGACGAUCGAUAG